AUGGCUGUCCAGAAUCAAGUUGACAACAGUAUUGACCUUUCACUUCUGCAUCACGUCGGGAUGCUCAUGGGUUUUAUGAUUGCGUUUAUAAUCACGUACCAAUUAUGUCUCAUCUUCUACAACCUGUUUUUCCACCCUCUCGCCAAGUAUCCGGGUCCCCGACUGGCAGCAGCAACUCCCUUGUGGGUUAUUUGGUCCUACUACAAAGGCAAGACACCGUGGGAUCUUUUGGAUCUUCAUAACAAGUACGGGCCUGUCGUCCGAACUAUGCCAGAUGGGUUGUCAUUCAUCAACGCCAGUCAGUGGAAAGAGAUAUAUGGCCAUAAACCCUCUGGAGAACUCGAGUUCUCGAAGGAUCCAAAGUAUCACGCGGGCUGGAAAGGAGAGCCAGUCAUUCUCAAUGCCGAUCGACAUUAUCAUGGCUACAUUCGCAAGCUUUUUGCUCAUGGUUUCUCCGAAAAGGCUUUGAGAGAACAGGAACCAAUCCUGCAGGAAUAUGUCGACCUCUUGUUUCACAGACUUGACAGCAUCAGCCAGAGCGAACAGCCUAUAGACCUCGUACAAUGGUUCAACGAAAAAGUCAAUCAUCGUCUUAAAACACAACCUCCAGUGCCGGACUUCAUGGAAAAGAUGAUUGCUGCACAUGAAUCUGGCAAAAUGUCAUACCACCAGCUAGAAGAAAACUCACAAAUCCUGAUUGGUGCAGGAAGUGAGACGACAGCUACUCUCCUUUCUGGUCUCGUUUGGCUUUUGCUCAAGCACCCACGGGUCUACGACAAGCUUGCUACCGAGAUCAGGACGAUGUUCGAAAGGCCUGAGGACAUCACAAUGAUCAGCGUCAACGAAUGUCGGUAUCUGCUUGCCUGCAUCGAAGAGACACUGCGCAUCUACCCCCCUUCACCACAGCCUCAUCCGCGUAUUAUCCCUCCUGGCGGUGCAACAGUUGACAAUGAAUUUCUUCCGGAGGGCACAUUUGUCAGUAUUCCGAUCUAUGCCGCCUCGAACAGUCCUAUGAACUGGACCAAUCCUGAAGAGUUCGCGCCGGAGCGUUGGAUCGGAGAAGACGCAAGAUUCGAGAAUGAUAAACGAGAUGCGUCGCAGCCUUUUCAGUACGGACCACGCAACUGCAUUGGCAGGAAUCUAGCAUACGUUGAGAUGAAGAUCAUAAUGUCUCGACUCCUGUGGCACUUUGAUGUCAUGAACGCAACGGAUUAUGAUUGGAUGGAUCAACGAGUCUUUGCAGUGUGGGAAAAAUCACCUUUGUGGGUGAGACUUUGUCCCGCAAAACGCACUUAG